UUAAUCGCAUUCUUCCUAAUUUCAUUUCUUGUUUUCUUCUUUUUCGGCUUCUGUUCACUCUUUUAUUGCUUAAGUGACUAGUAUUCUGGUAACAUUCAGUUCUCUGUGUUGUCCCUUGUUUUGGUCUGUUUGUUUUGGUCCCCCGUUCAAUAUAUUUGUCUGACCUCUCUUUUGUGAGUGCCGGUCAUGCAUCUUUCUCUUCAACUUCUUUAUUUGUAAGAUGUCCCGAUCAACCGGCUAAUUCAAUGCGACAGUCGGAAUUGCUGGAGCUCAAUUCGACGUGAUUCAAGCGAAGGGAACAGCUCAUGGGCAAUAAUGAAUCGAGUUUCACAAAUGCCCGCGAAGACGAUGGUGAUUGGUUCAAGCCGAGGAGCAGAUAAGUAUCCUGCACUGGGUUCGAUCUGUACCACCAGAGAAUCGAGUAUGUUAUGUGCUGAAAAGAAUGAUCAAGUUCCUGGAACCGGACAGUACGGCACGGGUUCAUCGAAGGUAGAAAAUGACGAUCUCAGUAGGGAAACUCAUUUCGUUUUCGAUGAUUGCAAGUGCAUGUGGUUGUCUUCAGAUUGUUCGUCACCUCGUUCGAUCUUAGUAGAUGAGUACGGCUUGUCAGGAUCCUGCGCACUUGUUGAUAAAUGGUUUAGCUCUUGGUUAUCAAGAGUUCAUUUGAGCAAUGAAGGUGCAUCUCUGGCUUUUGCAAGCACCCCCCUGGAUUUAGAUUUCAUUCACGUGGAUGAUUUGAACGAUGAUGCAGAUGCAGAAAAUUGGCUGAUCACUUCAACUGAGAUGUCCCGGUCUCCUUGUAAGAUUUUGGGAAAUGAAUCCACAGGUCGCGAAUGUUUGUCGAGUCGAUCUGGCUCCAUAAACAACCUUGAUUCGCCAUCUUUUCCAAGUUCAGAUGAGGACACACUCAGUUAUAUGGUCUCUUUGGUGAAUCUUGAUGAGGAAGAUUCAAAGUUAUUUUGCGAUGUGGAUGCCGAUUUGGAGAUUUUUCAGUCAGAUUUCCCAAGCCCAUCUUGUCGGCGCAGUAAUAGUCCUGGAGCAACAUUGUCAAUCUCUAUCGGAUCGUCUUUCCUGGAAGUGACACAAGGGAGUUCACUUAGCGAUCUCUCUUCAGAAGAUUUUUCUGCAAUUGCAGAUUAUGAGAAUCCUAACAAUGAGCCAUUUUUCUGGCCGUUCGAGAGGAAAUUCGAUUGGGAUUCCGAUGAAACAGUGCGAUUCCUGAGUAUGUCACCUCGGAAGUUUAUCGUGGAUCAAAAAAAUCCCAAGGGGACAUCUUGCAAACCUUCUGUAUCGAAUUUCCUGGGUAGGAAAGCGAGCCUGAAAGAGGGGUCUAAGACAAGGAUCGAUCAGUUCAGCACAAGAUCAGGAAGUGGCAAGAGAUUAGAGCUUAUUAAUCCGGGAAACAUUAAAGCGCGUCGCAAGGUCGGUGACAUGGAGCCGUCGAGAUUGAGCGCCACGACUUGGAGAAUCUCCGCUAAAACUGCACCUUUGUGAAUUGAAAAACUGCAUCCUGGAUGCAAAGGAAUUCCCAAUGCUUCUCCUACCAAGAAUUCAUUCCAUGAAGGACCCUGAAUUUCUGGGGAGAUCAGGAGACAGGCAUUUCAAUUUCCCAUCAGUGGAUGAUGAAUUGCUUGCAAACGGAGCAACUAUUGGGCCUUGUUGCAUUGGCUAGCUCGGGCCUUACCUCAGAACGCUUGAGCCUAGCUGGUUUGGAUGUGUGACGAGGACUUGCUUAGACGAGGAUUGAAUCUUCUCGCCUGCACAGUUUUGGUUACGUGAAUUCUGAGUGUUGUGAUAUUGAUACCGACUGAUGAAAUGCAUGUUUAGCUUUUGUUUUGUACUAACCUAAUUUUACAAGACGCAAAAGGGAUUGAAAGACACA